AUGAUGGACUGCAAAACGAGAUGUGCCCAGAGUGAACCAGCUGCCACAGCCCCAGUGAACAAGCAUGAAUCCGAGCCAGGUCAGGCAAACAGUCCAGAACAGACUGGCUCAAAGAUCCAGGAGUACGUAGCCCGGGAAAGGGUUCAGAUCAGAACAGGAACAGAUCAAUCUGUGCAGAAAAUGGGCCCUGAGGGAAAAGUUGAGCCACAACAGGCCAAAAAAACAGACAGGGCAACCAGGCCGAUGUACUGCCGGAUGAACCUAAAUGUUCCCGUUCUCCAGAUAUUUUUUAAUAAUGAAGACACCAGACCAGACUUUCGGCUGAGCAGAGAGUCUCUGGCGGUGCUGCUGGACCUUCUCUGCCAGGAGAGAAAACAUGGAUGGGGGGCCACAAUAGAGACCUUGGUCUUCCUCUUCUGGCUAGCGAGUGGGGCAUCCUACAGAGUGGUGGCUAGGGUGUUCGGGAUGCCUCGCUCCACAGUUCACCGCAUCGUCCACAGGGUUACUGAGGAGGUGGUGGCCAUCCGCCACCAAGACACAGAGAAACUGUUCUCCUCAAUCAUUUUACAGGCAGUUUGUGACCAUCAGGGCCGCUUCAUCGACACGUACGUGGGCUGGCCGGGGUCGGUGCAUGACUCCAGAGUGCUCCGGAACAGCCCACUGUACAGGCGGGCCAUCUACCCUCCUCCGGGCCACUUAAUCUUGGCAGAUGGUGGGUACCCUUGUCUCCAACACCCACUCCCCCUCAUCACUCCUUUCAAGCGGCCGGUACAAGGUGUGGGAGCCCAGCGCUUUAACAGCCAUCAUUCCAGGGCACGCUCCAUCAUAGAGCGUGCCUUUGGGAUGAUGAAGACGAGGUUCAGGGCCAUCUUCCUCCAAGCGCUGGAGGUGCACCACACCUUUGUGCCUCAGGUCAUAACGGCAUGUGCUGUCCUGCACAACAUCUGCCUGGGAGCUGGUGACAUCAUGGCCCCAGAGGAUGAAGAGCAGGACGACAUGCCAGAGGAUGAGGAGGGGGAGAACGUGUUGGAGGCAGUCAGUGGUGCUCCAUGUAGGGACCAGCUGUCUGCCGAGGUGUCUGCCCUGGGGGAGGGUCUACCCGACCACGAUUACAUUUAGAUGGCAAGUAGAAUCACAUUUUAGC